AAAAAAGGUGGAGAGAGAAAGUAGUGAGAGAGAGGGACGAGAGGCCCCCAAAUGCAUAAAAUAGAAUAUGUACUCUUUCACUCACCUCCCUAUAAAUACUCCAGCUAGCCUCACCUCUUCCGAAUAAAAAGAGCUCUCUCAGUUCUCUGCAACUCUUCAGUAGUCUAACAGUGGUAUAUAGAUAUAUAUAUAUAUAUACUCCACAUAAAAUCUAUACAUAUUAUAUAGACCAGAUUAUAUUGUAGAGAGAGAAAGUCAUGGAUGCAUAUGCUGUUCAUCUAGCGAUGGCGGCUCUUUUCGGAGCAUCGUUCGUGGCUGUUUCCGCCUACUACAUGCAUCGCAAAACCCUAAAUCAGCUGCUGGAGUUCGCGAGGACUGUGGAGAGAGAGAGGGAUAGAGAGGACGCGGAGGAAGGCGAUUCGCCGCAGCAUUUGAAGAAGUAUGCAGAGAAGAGGCGAAACCACGGCCGCCGAAAGGGGAAUGGCUAUUACCGGCGUGCGUCGACGUCUUUGCCGGACGUCACGGCGAUUUCUGCUGCUGUCGACGGAGAUGGGAGGCCGAACGGUCCGGUUAAGGUCGAUGGGAUUCCGGCCGGGUUGCCAAGGCUGCACACACUUCCUGAAGGGAAAUCUGCCGGCCAUGCAAGUUCAACCAAAAGAUCUGGGAGUCUACUUAGACCAACUUCUCCCAAGUCUCCUGUUGCUAGCGCCAGUGCCUUCGAAAGUGUGGAAGGAUCAGAUGAGGAAGAUAAUACGACUGACAAUGCUAAACUUGAUUCUACAUAUCUUCAUACUAAUGGAAAUGUUAAAAUACCAGACCACGUUAACGCCAAUGGAGAGCAAAUGCCUAUAGUUGCAUCAAGUAUGAUUCGUUCUCAUAGUGUAUCUGGUGACCUGCAUGGAGUGCAGCCUGAUCCUGUAGCAGCUGAUAUUCUUAGGAAAGAGCCAGAGCAAGAAACUUUUGUACGACUUAAAAUUAGCCCAACUGAGGUACCAACACGUGAUGAAGAGGAGGCCUACAAAGUUCUGCAGGAUUGUCUUGAACUGCGAGAUAGUUAUGUAUUCAAGGAAGUUGUUGCUCCAUGGGAGAAAGAAGUAAUUUCUGAUCCUAGUACACCGAAGCCUAAUCCAAAUCCAUUUGAUUAUGCUCCUGAGGGAAAAAGCAACCAUUAUUUUCAGAUGGAAGAUGGAGUUGUUCAUGUUUAUGCAGAUAAAGAUUCAAAAGAGAAGCUUUUUCCAGUUGCUGAUGCCACGACAUUUUUCACCGAUCUCCAUUUCAUCCUUAAAGUAAUAGCGCUUGGGAAUAUGCGAACAAUAUGUCAUCAUAGGCUGGGUCUUUUGGAACAAAAAUUCAAUCUUCAUUUGAUGCUUAAUGCGGAUAGGGAAUUCCUAGCUCAGAAAAGUGCACCACAUCGUGACUUUUAUAAUGUCAGGAAAGUUGACACACAUGUUCAUCACUCAGCAUGCAUGAACCAGAAGCAUCUUUUGAGGUUUAUAAAGUCAAAGUUAAGGAAGGAGCCUGAUGAGGUUGUGAUAUUUCGAGAUGGAACAUAUCUGACCUUGAAAGAGGUUUUUGAGAGCUUGGAUUUGACUGGGUAUGACCUCAAUGUGGACCUUUUAGAUGUUCAUGCUGACAAGAGCACCUUCCAUCGUUUUGACAAAUUCAACCUGAAGUAUAAUCCCUGUGGUCAAAGUAGACUGAGGGAGAUUUUCUUAAAGCAAGAUAACCUUAUCCAGGGUCGUUUCCUUGCUGAGUUGACAAAGCAAGUGUUUUCAGAUCUUGCUGCUAGUAAAUAUCAGAUGGCUGAAUACAGGGUAUCGAUAUAUGGUAGAAAGCAAAGUGAAUGGGACCAGAUGGCAAGUUGGAUAGUGAAUAAUGACCUGUAUAGUGGGAAUGUUGUCUGGUUGAUUCAGCUUCCACGAUUGUACAAUGUGUACAAGGAAAUAGGAAUUGUUACAUCCUUUCAGAACAUGCUUGACAAUAUCUUUCUUCCGCUGUUCGAGGUUACUGUUGAUCCCGAUUCACAUCCUCAGUUGCAUGUUUUCUUGAAACAGGUGGUUGGUUUGGAUUUGGUGGACGAUGAAAGCAAACCUGAAAGGCGCCCCACGAAGCAUAUGCCCACACCAGCUCAGUGGACGAAUAUAUUUAAUCCCGCAUUCUCGUACUAUGUGUAUUACUGUUAUGCUAACCUUUACACCCUAAACAAGCUCCGCGAGUCAAAAGGCAUGACAACUAUCAAGUUCCGACCACAUUCUGGAGAGGCUGGUGACAUUGACCAUCUUGCUGCAACAUUCCUUACGUCUCAUAAUAUUGCACAUGGAAUUAAUUUGAGAAAAUCUCCCGUUCUUCAAUAUUUGUACUACCUGGCCCAGAUUGGUCUGGCUAUGUCUCCUCUGAGCAACAACUCCUUAUUUUUGGACUAUCAUCGUAACCCUUUCCCUAUGUUUUUCCUACGUGGCCUCAAUGUUUCCCUAUCUACUGACGAUCCAUUGCAAAUCCACUUAACGAAAGAACCUCUAGUGGAAGAAUACAGUAUAGCUGCUUCUGUUUGGAAAUUAAGUUCGUGUGACUUGUGUGAGAUUGCCCGUAAUUCAGUCUACCAGUCAGGUUUCUCACAUGCACUGAAGUCGCACUGGAUUGGGAAGGAGUACUACAGAAGAGGACCAGAUGGAAAUGAUAUUCACAAAACAAAUGUGCCUCAUAUCCGGCUGGAAUUCCGGGAGAUGAUCUGGAGAGAGGAGAUGCAACAGGUUUAUCUGGGAAAAGCCAAGUUUGCUAAAUUUGUGGAUUAGUUACGUGCGUGGAUUAUUAUGUAUUUUGUGGUCUUAAACAUUCAUUUGUUUCUGGAGGUAGCUAUCAGAGUUCUUAUGGCUCAUUUAUUCAGUUACUAAAGAAUUUCUGCGAAGAUGGAUUCAUCUGGACAAUGUUCGAUUUUUCAUCAGUUGCGGGGAGUGAAUGGCGCCUGUAUUUCCACUUGCUUAUCCACGGUGAGAAAUCAUACAACAUCCUAGUGUUCCAGCUGAGAAUUGGCUGAGCACAAGAUAGAACUAAAAGCGGUCAAAUGAGGUUCUGAGGAGACAAGUUUCUGAUGUACAUGAAAUUGUAAGAUUUGUAUCCCCCAGCAUCUUAGUAAGAGCUUCAGUUUAGAUUACAGCCUCUAGCAGCGAGAUCUGGUAUCCAAACAUAUAACUCUAAAUAACUUGAAUGUUUGUAGUGAAUCGAGUUUAGAUAUAGCUAUAUUUCAGUACUCAUAAAAUUUUCUGCUGUUGCAGUUGGUUUUGUAAUAUUUUAGACGACGCUUUACCCUUGGCGGGAGGAAAAAAAUUUGCUUUUUUGCUUCAA